AUGCCUUCCAACACCUCGGUUAUCUACCUCGCUCACCCUCACGAGUUCCCAGUUGUUGGCGAACAUCUCGCGGUCAAGACCAACAAGGACUUCAACCCUGUCCUCAAAGAUGGCGAGGUCCUUGCUAGAAACCUGGUCUUCUCCCUCGAUCCCUACAUGCGCGGAAAGAUGAGAGAUGCCGGCAAGGCAUCAUACAGCGCCGCCUUUGAGAUCGGCAAGCCCUUGGACGCUCGAGGAGUCGCCGAGGUGGUCGAGUCCAAGAACCCAAAGUAUCCUGUCGGAUCGAUCAUCCAUGCCUUUGUCGGCUGGGAAGAGUACACCGUCUUGCCUGAUCUCCCCACUACCAGAAUCAUCCCCGAGGCAAGAGAGUCCAAGCUGCCGUUGUCCUCCUACGUCGGUGUCCUUGGCAUGCCUGGUCUGACCGCAUACUCCUCGUUGAAGGACAUUGGAAAGCCCAAGGCCGGCGAGACCAUCUUCAUUUCUGCUGCCUCUGGAGCCGUUGGUCAACUUGCCGGUCAAUUGGCCAAGGCCUGGGGUCUCACCACCAUUGGAUCAGCUGGAUCGGACGAAAAGGUCGACUACCUUCUCAAGGAAGUCGGAUUCGACUUCGCAUUCAACUACAAGAAGCGCACCGCCCACGAAGCACUCAAGGAAUUUGCGCCCAAGGGUAUUGACAUCUACUUUGAGAACGUCGGAGGCGAGACCCUGGAGGCCGCAUUGGACCACCUCAACAACCACGGAAGAGUCAUCGCCUGUGGAAUGAUCUCUCAAUACAACACCCGUCAACCCUACGGGAUCAAGAACCUCAUGAACGUUGUCAGCAAGAGACUCACCAUCCGAGGCUUCAUUGUUUCUGACUUCCACGAGCAGUACUUUGAGGAUUUCUUCCGCGACGUCAAGGAAUUGCUGGUCAACAAGAAGAUUGUCUACCGUGUUGAUGAGGCCAAGGGCGUUGCUGCUGCACCCGAGGCCUUUGUUGGCUUGUUGAAUGGAAAGAACUUUGGAAAGCAGGUUGUCCAAGUUGCUGACCUCUAG